AUGGCCAACCGCGACCGGCUGUUCGACCUCCCCGACUACCUCCUCCGGUGCAUCCUCCGCUUCGCCCCAGCCAAGGAGGCCGCCUCCACGACCGCGCUCUCGCGGCGCUGGCGCACGCCGCUCUGGCGCUCCUCGGGCGCCGUAAACUUCCAGACGCGCGUCCAGGACUACGAGUACCGCGACCGCUAUGGCGGUUAUCGUGAAGAACACAAGGCCCUCUUCUUCUCCCGCCGCGACGCCUUCCUCUCCACGGCCGUGGCGGCACUCGACGGCGCCCAGCACGUCACGAGGCUCACCUUGCGCCUCGAGUCCGAGCGCGAGCGCGACAAACCGAAAGUCAUCGACGUCGCGCCGACACUCACCGUGGUCCGCCUUGAGUCCGUCCUUAUCAAAGUGACAGACGACGCGACUUCACAAUGCGACGCCGCCCCGGAUUGGGGCUACGACGGUCUCCCGGCCCCCAAACAGGCUGCACGCUGCCGCCUCCGAUGCCCAGCAGCCAUUGUGCUCGCGCUCGAGGGCUGCAAGUGGGAGGAGGAUGAGAACCUGAGGCGCCGCCGUCACCACGGAUACUACGCCGAUGACAAGACCACACCCCUCAUCGCGGUGGAGAUCGACUCACCGAGGCUGCGUCGCUUCCGGUACAUGGGGCUUCUCCGGCCAUUCACAUUCAAUCCACAGCCACCGAAGUUGGACCAGGUGCACCUGCAUUUUUUCCCGGGAAAAAAGAGGAACAUGGAUCCAUGCGGCAACCUUGAAAGCUUCUGGCGAUUCGUUGGGAGCUUCACCAGCACCAAGAAGAUGAAUCUACGGCUGAACCACCUUGAGGAUGUGGCCGUGCUCAACGAGGCGAGGCGGGUCGAGCUCCUGCCGGCCUUCCGCCGCCUUGAGUACCUCGAGCUGGAAGGGGUGCAUAGGGGGAGAGGCAAGACAGCGGCGGCAGCCAUUGCAAACCUGCUCCGCUGUAGCAAUGCACUCCGUGACCUCAGGAUCAACCUCACCACGGAUAACGAGGAUGCCUACAAACAAGAAUGGUACAUUACUGAAUUCUUGGAGUGGAAAUUUCAACACGACCGCAACAAGUCCAUGGAUCGUUUCGACCGUUGUGACGAUUCCUUUUCUUCGGAAGGAGAUGGAGAAACCAUCAGUGUUGCCUAUGACGAUGUACCUGAAAUCCCAGGCUUGAGCCGACGCUCCUUCGAAUGCUUGCAGAGCUCGCUGAGGAGAGUGGCCUUGCAAUUCUGGCCGGAGAUGUCCAACUGUCUCGGUAUGAAGCUCGUCAAAUUCUUCGCUAAGAAUGCAACGGUUCUUGAAGAAAUGCACAUCGAUGCUGGAAACGGAAAGUUAUGCGAGCAUGUGAAUCACAAGAUUGAAACAUGGAUCACCCAUUCAUCCAAAAGCAGAAAGUUAGGAGGCCCACGCUUUAUGAUCUUACCCCUCAAGAGAUGA